AUGAUGAAAGCUUUGGUUUAUGGCGGCCCAGGCCUCAAAGCCUGGAAAUCGGUCCCAAUCCCCACAAUUUUGAAAGCAACUGAUGCUAUUGUUAAAAUAACCUCAACUACUAUUUGCGGUACUGAUUUACAUAUCUUGAAGGGUGAUGUCCCUGAAGUAACACCUGGUAGAAUCUUGGGUCAUGAAGCAAUUGGUAUUGUCGAGAAAAUUGGUCAAAAUAUUCAAAAUUUCAAAAACGGUCAAAGAGUUAUCGUAUCCUGUAUAACCUCCUGUGGUACUUGUAACUAUUGUAAAAAAAACAUCCAAGCUCACUGCAACGAUGGUGGAUGGGUUCUCGGUAACCUAAUCGAUGGUACUCAAGCUGAAUAUGUCAGAAUUCCCCAUGCUGACUAUUCCCUAAUAAACGCCCCAAAGAACUUAUCCGAUGAUCAAUUAUUAAUGUUAAGUGAUGCUCUACCUACUGGUAAUGAGGUUGGCGCCAUUAGUGCUAAAAUUCAAAAAGACGAUAUUGUUGCCAUCAUCGGUUGUGGUCCAAUUGGUAUGGCUACUCUUUUGGCUGCCAAAGUUUACAACCCUCUUGCAAUUAUAAUGAUCGAUAUGGAUGAUGCUCGUUUAGAUCUAGCCAAAUCCUCCUUUGGUGCAACCCACUCAAUCAACCCUUCAAAGAUCUCCGGUUCUUUACUUGAUGAAAUCAACAAAAUUACUGCUGAAUUUGCUGAUAAGAGAAAAGGCAUCAAGCCAGGUGUUGAUGCUGCAAUCGAAUGUGUAGGUAUUCCCAAAACCUUUGAUAUGUGUCAAGAAAUCAUUGCUCCAGGUGGAAGAAUUGCUAACGUCGGUGUGCAUGGCUCAAAAGUUGAUUUGCAACUACAAGAUUUGUGGAUCAAAAACAUCAACAUUUCAACUGGCUUAGUAUCUGCUUACUCAACUACUCAAUUGCUAGACGCUAUUCAAAACAGCCAAAUUGACCCAAGGAAACUAAUCACUCACAGAUUCAAACUAGAUGAAAUUGAAACUGCUUACAGUAAAUUCGGAAAUGCUGCUGAAGAAAAGUGCAUGAAAACUAUUUUAAGUGUUGACUAG